AUGGAGGCGGCCGUCGGCGCCCCCGACGGCGGCGACCAGGGCGGCGCGGGGCCCCGCGAGGACGCGACGCCCAUGGACGCCUAUCUGCGGAAACUGGGCUUGUAUCGGAAACUGGUCGCCAAGGACGGGUCGUGCCUGUUCCGGGCCGUGGCGGAGCAGGUGCUGCACUCUCAGUCUCGCCACGUUGAAGUCCGGAUGGCCUGUAUCCAUUAUCUCCGAGAGAACCGAGAGAAAUUUGAAGAGUUUAUAGAAGGGUCAUUUGAAGAGUAUUUAAAACGUUUGGAAAAUCCACAGGAAUGGGUUGGACAAGUGGAAAUAAGUGCCCUUUCUCUUAUGUACAGGAAAGAUUUUAUAAUUUAUCGGGAACCAAAUGUUUCUCCUUCACAAGUAACUGAAAAUAAUUUUCCUGAAAAGGUAUUACUGUGUUUUUCAAAUGGAAAUCAUUAUGAUAUUGUCUAUCCCAUAAAGUAUAAAGAGAGCUCUGCCAUGUGUCAGUCUCUCCUUUAUGAAUUGUUGUAUGAGAAGGUAUUUAAAACUGAUGUGAGUAAAAUCUUGAUGGGACUAGACACCUCUGAAGUAGCUGAUGAAAACAACAGUGAAAUAUCAGAUUCAGAGGAUGACAGUUACAAGAGUACAGCUACCACUGCUAAUGAUGUGAAUGGAUUUAAAGCUUUGUCAAGUGAUCAGAGUCAGGAUCAACUACUACACCCGAAAAACAAUGGGAACUCUCCUAGCCUUCCUUUGUCUAGAAAGGUUCUUAAGUCACUCAAUCCAGCAGUCUAUAGAAAUGUGGAAUAUGAAAUUUGGCUGAAGUCUAAACAAGCUCAACAAAAACAUGAUUAUUCCAUUGCUGCUGGCUUACAGUAUGAAGUUGGAGAUAAAUGCCAAGUGAGGUUGGAUCACAAUGGAAAAUUUCCUAAUUCAGACUUCCAAGGGGUUCACUCUGAGAACGGACCAGUUUUGGUCGAGGAACUUGGAAAGAAACACUCACCGAAGAACCUCAAACCACCUCCCUCAGAAAGCUGGAACACAGUGUCAGGGAAGAGGAUGAAAAAACCUCCUUCCGGACAAAAUUUCCAUUCUGACAUUGAUUACAGAGGGCCAAAGACCCCAAGCAAGCCAGCGAAAGCCCCAGCCACACUACCUCCUCGGCUGCAGCACCCUUCGGGGGUGAGACCGCACGCCGCCUCCAGCCACCCCGCAGGGUCGCAGCCUCAGAAGCCUGCCAGCGAGCACAGAAGUUUGAGCAGGACACCCUCACAGAUCAUAAGAAAACCUGAUCGUGAGAGAGCGGAGGAUUUUGACCCCACGAUUCGAGAAUCUAACUAUUUCGGCCUCUCUCCAGAAGAGCGCAGGGAGAAACAAGCUAUAGAGGAAUCUCGGUUACUCUAUGAAAUUCAGAACAGAGAUGAACAGGCUUUCCCGGCCCUUUCCAGCUCAGCAGUCAGUCAGUCAGCUUCUCCGAGUAGCAACCCGGGUAUCCAGAGAAAGUCAUCCCACGUGAGCGAUAGAAAAGGAGGCAGACGGAGGACGGAUCCCGAAGAGCGGAAAGAUAAAGGUGCGCCAUCGCAUCAUCUGAAGGCGGGUGCUUCAGAUUCUGUCCAUGGACAUGUUCCCUUGGAUAAAAAACCUGAGCCAGGCACAUUGGAGAAUAUUAGCAAUGAUAAAUGUUCAAGGAUUUCAUCACCAUCAAAGUCAAAGAAAUUAGAGUGCCCACCUCCUGCAGAACAAAAGCCAGCAGAACACGUGUCUUUGUCAAGUCCAGCUCCCCUUCUAGUGUCUCCAGAGGUACAUCUAACUCCUGCGGUGCCUUCUCUACCAGCCACUGUGCCAGCCUGGCCAAGUGAAUCGACAACUUUUGGACCAACAGGUGUCCCUGCUCCAAUUCCCGUUUUGUCAGUGACACAGACUCUGACCACUGGACCUGAUUCUGCUGUGUCCCAAGCUCACUUAACACCCUCUCCAGUUCCUGUGUCAAUACAAGCCGUGAACCAGCCCUUGAUGCCUUUGCCUCAGACGCUGAGCCUUUACCAAGACCCACUCUAUCCUGGGUUUCCUUGUAAUGAAAAGGGAGAUCGAGCCAUUGCACCACCUUACUCACUGUGUCACACUGGGGAGGACCUGCCUAAAGAUAAGAACAUUCUUCGAUUCUUCUUCAAUCUCGGUGUAAAGGCAUAUAGUUGUCCUAUGUGGGCCCCACAUUCUUACCUGUACCCUCUGCACCAGGCCUACCUGGCAGCCUGCAGGAUGUACCCCAAGGUCCCUGUCCCUACGUAUCCUCAAAAUCCUUGGUUCCAAGAAGCUCCUUCUGCUCAGAAUGAAAGUGAUUGUACCUGUCCGGAUGCCCACUUUCCCAUGCAGACCGAGGCCAGCGUCAAUGGUCAGAUGCCACAGGCAGAGAUCGGACCGCCGCCAUUUUCUUCACCUCUGGUUAUCCCCCCAUCUCAGGUGUCUGAAAGUCAUGGACAGUUGUCUUAUCAGGCAGACCUUGAAUCUGACAACUCUGGGCAGCUUCUUCAUGCUGAAUAUGAAGAGUCACUAAGCGGCAAGAACCUGUUCCCACAGCCAUCCUUUGGACCGAAUCCGUUCUUAGGCCCAGUUCCCAUCGCCCCUCCUUUCUUUCCUCCCGUUUGGUAUGGGUACCCUUUUCAGGGAUUCAUAGAAAAUCCAGUAAUGCGGCAGAAUGUUGUUCUGCCCUCUGAUGAGAAAGGAGAGUUAGAUGUGCCCCUGGAAAAUCUGGAUCUGUCGAAAGAAUGUGCUUCAGUUUCCACAGUGGAUGAAUUUCCGGAGGCCAGAGAUGAAGACACGCACUGUCUCCCUGACGCAGGUGGGAGCGAGCAUGAAGGCCGGGCGGGGCAGUCGCCCCAGACGCCCAAGGCAGCCCUGGCGUCGGCUUCCAUCCCUCCUGGAGCAGAGGGGAAGGCUCAUCCUCCCACUCAGAUUUUAAACAGAGAGAGGGAAACUGUGCCUGUUGAACUUGAGCCUAAAAGGACCAUUCCAAGUCUGAAGGAAAAACCAGAAAAAGCGAAAGAUCCUAAGACUGCUGCUGAUGUGGUCAGUGGGGCCAACUCUGUGGAUAACAGAGUGCAGAGACCAAAAGAAGAGAGUUCGGAGGAUGAGAGCGAAGUGUCGAAUAUUCUGAGAAGUGGGAGAUCCAAGCAGUUCUACAACCAGACUUACGGAGGCAGGAAGUACAAAAGCGACUGGGGCUAUGCUGGCCGGGGCGGGUAUCAGCAUGCCAGGAGCGAGGAGUCCUGGAAGGGGCAGCCGAGCAGGAGCCGUGAUGAGGGUUAUCAGUACCAUCGGAACGUCCGGGGUCGGCCGUACCGGGGGGACAGGAGGAGAUCAGGGAUGGGAGACGGCCAUCGUGGACAGCACACUUGAUGGUGUUGCUGUGGUGUUCUGGAGCAGAAACCCUUUCUUAGGUGGAAUGUUUCUGAAGGCUUUAAAAAUUACAUUAAAAUAAAAACCCAAAUUGGAACACACUCCUCCCCUCCCCCUUUAGCCUCACUCUCAUUCUGGACAAGAGAUUUUGGAUAUGUGUUCAAAGGGGCAGGUAAAUUCCUGGCGUUGCCAUUUUUCUUCAUUCACAAUCUAUUUAUCGGGUGACUGCCCCCAUAAAAAGUAGAAAAUAAGUUUGUUAAAGUAUUUUUUAUAAACAGCUUAAUAUAAAAUAGAUUUAGUGUUUGGUUUUUUCCUUACAUAAGUUUAAUUUCAAAUGUUGGAAAUGUGUGCUUUAUAGUGUUUACUAAAGUGAUAAAAUAUACCAUUUGACACACUAUAGAUUCCAAAACAUAAUAUUGCACCAAAUAGAAAUGUAUAUUUUAUUAUGCAAUGCCUUAGUCAUAAACUGGGCUCAAACAAUUCUUAGCCUAAAACACUGUUGUCUUUUGAAAUGCUUCCAACCCAAAGGCCUUUCAUCUCAAUAUCUGUCAAACUUGAAUAAUGUCUUCUCUUUAAUAUUACACAUAAGGCAGCCUAUUAACCUGUGUCUUAGAAAUGUUGUAUAUAGUUCUUUUAAUAUUCAUAGGGUAUAUUUUUGAAUUUUGGUGAGUGAGUGUUGAACUUGAGAUUGCAUACAAGAAUAGAUGUUUAAGAAGUAACAGGAAAUCUAAUGAAAUGGCUGUUCCCACCAAGAAUUCUUAGCACUGGUGUAAAUAUCAUGGUGCCUACUCGAAAGAAAUGUAGAUGCUAUGCAUUUUGAAAAUAAUCUGCAUCUGUUAAAACUGCAGAAGUUUUUUUAAUGCCACUUUAACACUAAUGCACUGACAGAUUUAAAUAUUUUGUGAGAAGAAUUGUUAAAAAAUUUUUAGCUUGACAGGUUUCUAUAGAGUUACUGUGUUUUGUUUUUCUCUUUGCGCCAUCAGUUGUGUGUACCACUUUACAUUUGCAUGUUCAGUCUGUCACGGCUGGAACUAUUGUACAGAAAAGGAUGCUUGUGACUUUUGAGUUCUUUUCUAGAGGAUGCUGCUAGACAGUGGAUUUGCUUUGCAUUUGAGAGCUUGUUGCCCCUCCGGUGAUGUCUCUGUCCCGCUUCCUUCAGUCUCUGCAGUAUUCACUAGACGUCCCCUUUGCAUGUUGCACUCUGUUCCCAUUUGGAGACUUGAUUCUCUGAAUUAACACAGUAUUUGUUCAUCUGUGUUACUAUGUAAAAAUAACUGUAGCUUGUAUUUCUUAUUUGUACAUACCAAUGUGAAAAUCUACCCUUUUUUAUGUUCUCUUUUGAUCAGGAAGUUUGAGUGCUAUGCAAAUAAUGUUGUAAUUUCCCUUUGCAUGCCAUGUGUAAUAUGUUACCUAGCCAAAAGUAGACUUUCGUUUUUUUAAUUUAAAGCAAAUUACUUUAAAAGCAGAUACAAUUCACUUGAAUUUGACAAACUGAAGCAGAUGAGUUUUCUGGGUUCUCUGAUAACCUGCAGGAAUGUUUGGAUGCCAGCUAGGCUCAGUCAAUCUCCACUGUACUGUAAUAAUGGUUAUUUACCUCUGUGUUGUUUUAAUUACCUAACGUCUGUGUAACUGCUGAUUUGAGUAGUGAUUAGUGUUUAGAUGUUUUGUAACAUAGGAUUUUAGAGAGCACUUUGAAAGAUAACAUUUUAUUAUGAUGGUGCUAGGUAAAAAUUUGUGAGGACUGGGUGGUUGUGUGGAAAAAAGAAAAAUUCUGGAGAGAACCCGUUGAAAGGCAUUUCUGUUGUCACCUCUUCAGCUCAAACAACGGGGGAAGGUACUUCUGAAGCAAAUUUUUUCUUAGUUAACAUCAGCAGUUGUUACGGAAAGAGAUUAGGGGGUCCUCCACUUUCAGCUCAUACUUUUCUAUGUAGAGUCGAUUAACUUGAUGCUUUUAUGAAAGUUACACUUAGAUAUAAUGACCAGAUUUAAAAGUUCAGUGUAAGUUUGAUCUCAGGAGUCCAAAAGAAGUCACUGUUUCCAGUGUCCUUUGUUUUAUUGACUGGGAUUUGAUCUUCUCAGUUUCUUCUGGAAAUGUUUAAAACUUGGGCAGGAAAGAAUACUGUUUAUUUCCUCACUGUCACUCUGUCUUACCUCAGCUGAGUAACAGAAUACUCUAUACAGUUCCUGAAGGAAACACGUAUGUGCUUCCUGUUUCCCGUGCUCACCUCCGGGACGUGAUGGAAACAGUGCAGAAAGAGAACUUCAGCAGUUGGUACUUUUCUCAGUGACCACUGGAAUAAAAGAACUCUGACUUUUGAUAAUUAGUUAUAAAAUGAUCAGUCUUUGUAUGAAGGUCAGUUUUGUUCUUUUCCUUUAGGUUUGUUUUAAGUAUGUAAGUCCAGGGGUUUUUUGCCUUAGGCUGAGGUCAAAGUAGGGCCGAGCAAGCUUUUGUCCGUCUUCAUUUUAACUGAGUCAUAUGGUAUACUGACAUGAGCUAAAAUGUUUCAGAGAAAAGCAAAAGUUAAGAAGUGGGAAUCACUUGUAUUUUGAGUUGGAAAUUAUGGAACUUACUUAGGAUCAUACACAUUUUGAAGAACAAAUGUUUAGAAUGACCAAAGCUCACCUGUUUUUGUUUUGUUUGGGUUUGGUUGCUUUUGCUAAAACUUGAUUCCAGUCCCUUUCCUUUUUAGUAUUAUGUAUAUUUCUCUUGUAGUUUAUUUCCUCUCGUACCUUCAGUUCUUGCUCCGUGUACCUGUUGGCAGCAGGAUGCUAGCAACUGUGUAGUCCUCCUCCUGUUCCGUAUGUUCAUUUUCAUGGCUGACCUAAGCUCAGACCCUGCCUUGCUGGCAGGAGUAGGUUUUCCCUGGUGACACAACGUAUUUGAUGCAAACUCUAUAUAUUCUUGCAGUGUGUUUCCUAUGUGACUCUAGGUGGAAUAAUGCCUGUGAACUGCAGACUUGCUUAUGAUUGACUUGGUGCAAUAAAGUUCCUUUCUAGCCAUUUCUGGUUUAGAAAACAUUCAGCCAUCCUAGAAACUAGCAAUAUUUAUUUACGCCUCAUUUAUUCUACAGUUUUAGAUGAGGUAACCUUAGUCUUUCACUUAUGGGUACUAAGCAAGGUCCAUUUUGGUGUAGCUGAAGAGAAUGCAUAUUUGGCUACACUAUUUCUGUUUACUGUAUUUUGCUUCCUGUUCAAUGUCUAAAUGCUAUUGUGUUUUUGUUUAAACUCUUAAUAAUGGCUCAGUACCAGUAUGUCAGUUUCAGAGAACUAAGGUUUUGCUACUAGUAUCAGCCACUUACUCUCCCACUAAUUGGGAUUUCCCACUUAUUUUUUCCCCGCUGAAAUAGAAGUUUUAGAAAAUCCUAGAAGAGGGGUGGGUGCAUGUCUUAAUGCUGGGAAACAGCAACUUUGGGGUUGAAUUUACUUGAAUGGAUUAAAAAUUGCAUUGUUACAGAGCUAGAGAAAAAUUUAUGUAUGAAAAAUGAUAAUAGCCUUACACUGAGUACAAAUAAUACUUAAAAGCAUGUGAAGAUGUGAUCAUUUGUGAUGUUACUUGUUAAAAAAAAGUAUAUAUACAUCUUUUGAAGUGUUGAAAGGAAAAUAGUACUUUAUAUUCUUUAUCAUAUCACUUUUUGUAAGUGUUGAAUAUAUUCCUGUUUAUUUUUCUAUGUUCUGUUUUGUAGCCUUAAGAAGUGUUUCGAACAUACCUGAAUGUAUAAAAUAAGAGUAAAUGCCCUACACGGUGUGAUGCUGCAUUACGUAUAAAACUGUGUGCAUAUAUUAAAUUCUGUCUCUUGAUUCUGCUUGUGGUUCUUUGGUUCUAGUGUUUUAACCAAGUAAUAUAGUGUAUAAAUCUUAAGAGGAAUUUAAGUAAACUUCUAAAACUAA